AUGUUUUCCGAUGUUGAAGCAGAUGCGAAAGCAUUUGUCAUUCAAGCGUGUUCAAAAAAAUCCAGAGAAUUCAAGGCUUUGGAUUUGGCUCUGUUUAUUGAUGAAAAAUACUAUGAAUUAACGGGAAUUAAAAAGCGAAAUGACGACGAUUUGAUAAGAUUCGAAAGAAGUUGUCGUCUGGAUCUUCGUAGAUGGGGAGCUAAAUUCGAAACGAAUUCGCAACGUCCAUAUCUCGAAGGACACGAAAGAGAUGAUGUGGUAAAACAUCGUAAUGAAUUUAUUAAUUAUUUUCUAGCACAUAAAGAUUUUUAUUACACAAUUACUGAUGGUGAAACACCUAUGUGGAAUAUUCCGACCCAAAAUCCUCCCAGAUUACUUAUAUUUCAUGAUGAAUCAACUUUUAGAAGUGGUGAAGUUAGUCCGAAACGCUGUGCCGAUAGUGAUGUUAAUUAUCUUAGUCGACAAACAACGGCUAGUAUUAAUAUUGGAACAGAUGCUUAUUUCGAUAAUGAUACGAUUCUAGAACAGUUUGAAAGACUAUUUCUGAUGCUGGAAUUCAAACAAGACUAUAAGGAGAAUCAAAUAGAAAUCAUCGUAGACAACGCAAGGACCCGCACUACUAAAGCAUAUUCAUUAAAAGAGUUUGAUAAAAAUAUUCGUACUCGAUUUCUCCUUGAACAAAUUGAAUAUGUUGAUGAAAAUAAUGCAACGAAAAUUAUUGAUUGCUAUUUUAAACAGGGCGCUAACAAAGGUAAAUCAAAAGGUUUAGUUGAAGUAUGUAAAGAUCUAGGUGUACAAUUACCAGCUAAAGUUAAAUUAGAUGAAAUUCGUGAAAUACUUUCAAAACAUAGAGCUUUUCAAAAUAUAGUUUCAUUUGCAGUUGAUCUUAGUUAUUCUGGUAUGCCUAAACCAAGUAAAAGGAAAAGUCAAUCAAAUGCGACAUCAGCUGGCCGCUGGUCAAAGACAAAGAUCCCGGAUGGACUCGUCAGAUUCCGAAUAUCGGAUGAUACUGAUGACAUAGAAUUAGAUUUUAGCGAAGAACAAUUGUUAACCGACAUUGGCGAUCUUGCUGAAAUGUGUAAGUCGAAAUGUGGAACGAAAUAUCUAAGUACUUUACUUUAUAUGUCAUUACGUUUCCUCAAAAUUAAAUGGGAAGCUGUCGAUGCAUUUUUGAAACGUACUGGUUUGAUGACAGCCCAAACUUCUCAUAAAUGGGCAACAAUAUUUAUUAAAGGAGAUUAUGAAGAGUUUUCAAAUGAUCUACAUGGUGGUAAACAAACUGAUUCAUUUUAUGAUACGUUUCCCGAUAUUGAAGCGGAUGCGAAAGCAUUCGUGAUCCACGCAUGCUCACAAAAAUCAGCAGAUUUCAAAGCGAUGGAUCUAGCUCAGUUUAUUGAUGAAAAAUAUUAUGAGAUAACGGGAAUUAUAAAACAAAGUGGCGACGAUUUGAUAAGAUCGAAAAGCAGUUGUCGUUUGGAUCUUCGUAGAUGGGGAGCAAAAUUCGAAGCAAAUUCACAACGUCCAUAUUUUGAAGGACACGAACGAGAUGAUGUGGUAAAACAUCGUACUGAAUUUAUUAAUUACUUUUUAGCACAUAAAGAUUCUUAUUACACAAUUACUGAUGGUGAAACACCUAUGUGGAAGAUUCCAACUCAAACUCCACAUCGAAUACUUAUAUUUCAUAAUGAAUCAACCUUUCGAAAUGGUGAAGGAGAAUACAAAGGUAAAUCAAAAGGUUUAGUUCAACUAUGUAAAGAUUUAGGUAUACAAUUACCAGCUAAGAUUAAACUAGGUGAAAUUAUUAAAAUACUUUCAACACAUCCAGCUUUUCAAAAUGAUUCGCGUAUACAUUUUGUCGAACAAAAAACUGCAUUAAAAUUAUCCCGACGUUUUUGGCGUUCAAUUGAAGCAUAUUCUCAAUGUCAGACAUGCUGA